GUAUAACAAGAUAUUUCAAACAAAUGUAUCUUUGGAUCGAUUGGACCAGUCAGCUAAAUGGCGGUAGUUUGUAUACAUGUUAAGUGCCGCUGGAAAAUAACCUCUAAUGGAAAGAAUAAAACCGGUACAAAAUAUCUCCAAAUGUAUCAAAAUUAUUUGUCCAUCGCCGGAGGAACUCAGUGUAAUAACAAAUAAUAUAAAGUGCGAUAAAUGCGGACUUGUAUUUAAAAAUGAACCGCGAUAUCGGUUACACGAUCUUAAAGUGCAUCAACGUAAAAAAUUAGAUAAAACAAUAAAACAAGAAAAUAUAAGAUAUCAUUGUCCAGUAGAGUCUUGUAUUUAUGCCCCAAAAGCUGAAAGACAUUUUAGCAGUAUGAAAUACCUUAAACAGCAUUAUCUUAAGGUACAUGCGAAAAAAACGCAUGCAUGUACUCGUUGUGACAAAAGUUUUUCUACUGAAGCAGCAAAAGAAGGCCACAUGAGAGUAUGUGGGAUUGAAUUUGUAUGUUCUUGUUCAAAAACUUAUACUUCUUAUGAAGCCUUACUCACACAUGCAAAACGUACUUUACACACUAUAAAUGAUAAAUACAAAAAUUCUUUGAGACGCACAAAUUCUAAAACAAUGAGAUUGAUUUUACCAACUAAUCAAACAGAAAUGAAUAAACUAGUUACAAUAUUACCAAUAAAUCAAAAUGAAAAUAAAAUAUCUAAUCAUAAUAAUGAUUCCACACGAAAACUUACAUCAGAUAUUGGUAUACAAACUGAUGAACAUAAAAAGAAUAAAAGACUGUCAAGUCCAUUAAAGCAUAUUAACAAUGGUUACUACCACAAUGGAAAGCGUGGAAUAUCUAAACAAACUCAAACAAGUAUAUCUCAAAGAGUUAAACAAAAUGUAAUGUCUAUGGAGACACAAACAAUACAAGCUGCACAAGCAUUUAAGAAUUCUUUAAAGCUUCAAAAACAUGGAAAAAAUUCUGUAUCUCAAAGUUCUGAUUAUACAUUAUUAAAAGAAGACCUUAAUCUUGGCAAUUUUGCAACUUCAAAUUUAUUCCCUGGCAGUCCAUUACCACUUCGUCAUGAUGAUGGAUUACAAGAUUUUUGGGAAGAUAAAAGCACAUCAGGUACUCAAACAAUACCUGAAAAAGACAUGUUUGAAGUUCUAAAUGAUAAUGUUACACAAACUGAAUUCGAAACAUUUUAUGAUCAUAGUACAAAUCCAUUGAUACAAUGUACUCCAAAGAGUACAGUUGCUUUAAUGACUUUACCUUAUGUUGAAGAAACAUCAACUGUUGUUGAAGGAUAUUCCUUUGUAUCUUCAAAUAGCAUAUCACGAUCAGAUCCCAUGCUUACAGACAAAACUUUUGAUGAUAAGUUUAGUAGCAUAGAAACUCAGACGGAACAAGCUUAUUCACAAUCAUUUUUUGAUUCAGAUCCCCUAACUAGAUCAUUUGCUUUAAGUUCUAACAUUGAAACACAAACUACAAAUAAUCUUGAUAAUAUGGAACAACUAUUAUACAGUAAUACAUGCACGCAAACUUGUAAUGAAAUACUACCGACUGAUCUAGGAUUGUCUAAUAUCCAAACACAAACGCCUUGGUCUCAACUCGAGGAUACUACUGUUUCUGCCGAAACACAAACAAAAUCCUUAAUAUGUGAAACAGGUUGUAAUAUUUCAAUAGGCGCCUGUCGUUCCUGGUUGAGUACUCAAACUAGUCAUACUGAAACACAAACUGAUUUACUUAGUAUUUUUGAAGGUCUUCAGUAAUAAAAGUGUUCAUUUCUAUACAUAUGACGGUAUAACAAUUGAUAUUUAGGAAAAUUACUUUAAGUAUAAAGACAAAAUAAUUUGCAUUUGGUAUUGUAAAAUAAGACUAAUUUUUCGUAUUGUU